AUGCAGGGGGAGGACGCCAGAUACCUCAAAAGGAAAGUUAAAGGAGGAAAUAUUGAUGUACAUCCAUCUGAAAAAGCACUUAUUGUUCAAUAUGAAGUGGAAGCUACCAUUCUUGGAGAAACGGGAGAUCCCAUGUUGGGAGAACGAAAGGAAUGCCAAAAAAUCAUCCGUCUUAAGAGUCUCAAUGCCAACACAGAUAUCACUUCCCUGGCACGGAAGGUGGUUGAGGAAUGUAAACUCAUUCAUCCCUCAAAGCUAAAUGAAGUAGAACAGCUGUUGUACUAUCUCCAGAACCGCCGUGAUUCAGUGUCAGGAAAAGAAAAAAAAGAGAAGUCAAGCAAACCUAAAGAUCCACCUCCUUUUGAAGGAAUGGAGAUUGAUGAAGUUGCUAACAUUAAUGACAUGGAUGAGUACAUUGAGUUAUUAUAUGAAGAUAUUCCUGACAAGGUUCGGGGUUCUGCUUUGAUCCUACAGCUUGCUCGAAAUCCUGAUAACUUGGAAGAACUACUAUUGAAUGAUACUGCCCUCGGUGCAUUAGCAAGAGUCCUGAGAGAAGACUGGAAACAAAGUGUUGAGUUAGCUACAAACAUAAUAUAUAUCUUCUUUUGCUUUUCCAGGUAA